CUCUCCCAUUUCAUUGUCCUAUUAAGUUUUGCAUUCAUCACAAAAAAAUUUCUUUUAUCUCCACAGGCGAUGACUCUUUCUUGGCUCUCUUUGAUCGUCUAUUUCAUUUCAAUCGCAGCUUCCGUUUGUGCACAGAAGUUUGAUUUUCCGAGGCUGAGUUUACACCGCGAGAAUGUCCUCCAAGAUCCCCAACGCAGGGUUCCAGUAUCUGUAACCAAUGAUUUCACAACUUUCUUCUUCAACCAAACGCUUGAUCACUUCAACUAUCAACCCAAGAGCUACACCACCUUUAGACAAAGGUACUUGAUCAACUCCAGGUACUGGGGUGGCGCUAAUUCUAGUGCUCCGAUCUUCAUUUACCUCGGUGCCGAAGCACCGAUUGAAAACGACCUAAACGGGAUUGGGUUUCUAACUGAGAAUGCUGCUCAAUUCAAAGCUUUAUUAGUUUAUAUUGAGCAUCGGUACUAUGGUAGGUCAAUUCCCUUUGGGAUGAGCUUGGAAGAAGCCCUCAAUGACCCUAUUGCUCGGGGAUACUUUAGCUCAUCCCAAGCUUUGGCCGACUACGCAGCUAUAAUCAGGCACGUGAAGGAGAAACUAAAGGCCAGAGAUUGUCCAGUGAUCGUCGUGGGAGGAUCAUAUGGGGGAAUGCUUGCUUCGUGGUUUCGGCUGAAGUAUCCCCAUUUGGCCUUUGGAGCUCUAGCCUCGUCGGCUCCGAUACUUUACUUUGACGGCAUUACCCCACAAGAUGCAUACUUUUCGGUAGUCACCAAGGACUUCAAGGAAGCAAGCAAGACAUGCUACCAAACUAUAAGAGACUCGUGGGCGGAGAUUGAUAGAGUUAUUUCCAAGCCUAGUGGCCUCUCCCGAUUAAGCAAGAUCUUCAAAACUUGUAGGCCUUUGAAGAGUGGGGAUGAGCUGAAGAACUAUUUGAUAUUACGGUACGCAGCGGCAGCUCAAUAUGACGAUCCGCCAAGAUAUCCUGUGGAAAUAGUAUGUAGAGGCAUUGAUGGAGCAAAUGCUUCUGGAAAGGGCAUUCUUAAAAAAAUCUUUGCAGGCGUCGUUGCCUUGGAUAGAAACUCCACAUGCUACAUCGUUCCUCCCAAUGGCACUACCCCUACUCAAACAGAGUUGGGUUAUAGUUGGCAGAGAUGCAGCGAGAUGGUAAUGGGCAUAGGCAUUACAAACAAUUCUAUGUUUCAAGCAUAUCCUUUCAACUUAACCGACUUCAUCAAUGGAUGCAACAGCUCGUAUGGUGUCGUGCCUCGGCCGCAUUGGAUCACCACCUAUUAUGGAGGUCAUGAUAUAGAACGAGUCCUUCAUAGAUUCGGCAGCAACAUUAUUUUCUCAAAUGGACUUCGAGAUCCUUACAGUAGUGGCGGGAUCCUCAAGAACAUUUCAGACACUAUCGAUGCCGUCUAUACACAAAAAGGUUCCCAUUGUUUGGACAUACUUGCUUCAGAACAAGCUGAUCCAAACUGGUUGGUCAGGCAACGAAAAAGGGAGGUCGAGAUUAUAAAAGGCUGGAUCACCAAAUAUCAUGCUCAUCUACUUGCUUUUAAACAACAAGGCCUUUAUGCCCUGAAACAGCCACUUCAAUAAGAGAUCAGACCAGAUAGACGGGCUUGAGUCUUACCAUAAGGUUGUGCUUGCAAAUCUUUGCUCCAUUAACGAUGAACUUUUUUUCCAAUUGAAAAGUAUUAGUUCAUGCCAUGUCAUUUUCUACGUCAA